AACAACAGGAUCAUUGCUUUCAUCCUUUACCGAUAUGCUGACAUGGCACGCCUAUGCAACAACGUGACGGGGCGUAGGUGGCUGUUCUGUUGCGCUGUGGAUCAAGUUCAACUCUGGGAUUUCCCAGGUCGGUAAGUCGUUGAUUCGUUUUCACCUAACUGAGACUCCCAUUCCAAGCUAUAUGAUGACACGGGAAUCGGAGCUGAUUACUAUGCAAGGAUCCCCGCAUCCGUGUUUAGCGCUGGGGGCCAAUACUGCUGCCGAUCUACGUUUAGUAAACGAGGAAUUCUCGCGGCGGUGUGAUGCAAAGCGUCUUCUGGGGCACGAUCUUUGAGCGCGAUUCGAAGACUCAAUGGAUUAGAUUCCAAUGUUUAGUCGUCGAUCGGCACCUACCAUCAUGCGGUGCCGUGUUGCGCCUGAGGAGCUUUGACCAAGGUGAAUCAGGCAGCAAUCCGCUCUCUAUGAUCGCUCUCGAAAAUGUCCAUCAGAUUGUUAUGAUGUGAUUGGUUCACGAACAUUGAAGAUACGAGCAUCUGUACAGAGUAGCCUAAGACAAAGCUCGCAGUGAGACACGCGCCCCGACCAAUCUGCAAGUUUCAUCCUUCCAGCCUCGCGAGCUGCAACAGUUCUUCCGCGCCAAGCUCUUUUCAAUCCCAACGAACAGAAUCGCCAGUGGGCUCUGAAUCCAGAUCGCCCUUUUGUCAAAGUAUGUGCCGGAACAGGUAUUCCCGCUUCCGAGCUACAGUGGACGUACCUUAUAUGCUGUUCGACGUCGGCAACAUUAUAGCCCGUUACGCCCCGUGGAUUAGUGAUAAGGAAGUCGGCAACCCAACAUACUAUAUGCGUUAU